AUGGCGACACCAGCGAAUUCGUCGACGGAGCCUUUUCCCGUACUCUUUAUUGGCGGUGGAAAUAUCACAUUCGGAAACGACAAUGUCCAUUGGAACCACUCCUUGCGUAUAGAGAGAUACCUCGGUUCUCGGCUGGACGUAGUCGGGAUCGUGGAUCCCUCUGAGGACAGAGUGAUCAAAGUCCUUGCCCAGAAGAGAACUUCAUCGGCCGCAUCAUGCUACUUACGCACCCAACGUUUUGACGGCUUGGAUGAAGCAGCAUCCACCCUGAAGGCCAACGGGGUGUCUCCAAAACUCAUCAUUCUGGCUGUGCCCCCACAUCUCCGAGGCACACUGGAACCUGGCCACAAUCUGGAGGAACAGGUCAUCAAGGCUUUUGGGAAAUCCCCCGCAAUCUUCUGCGAAAAGCCCGUGUCGACAGCCCGCCCUCAUGAAGUCGUCGCCGUGGUCGAGCUUCUGGAACGGUCUGGAAAUGUCAUCUCUGUUGGCUACAUGCUGCGAUACCUCAAGGUCGUGCAGAAAGCUAUGUCCAUCAUUCGGGAGAAUGAUCUGAUGGUCAUGGCCGUCAACGCUCGGUACACAGUUGCGUACUCCAAGAUGAGAAAGUUUAACUGGUGGGACAAGUCCAAGCAGUGCGGCCCGAUCGUGGAACAGGCGACGCAUUUUUGCGACCUGUGCAGGUACCUUGGCGGUGAGGUGGCCAUGGACAGCGUAAGAGCGCUUGCCCUGGAACACUCGGAGCCGCCAGGAAAGCUGUCUCACAUGUCGGCUGAAAUAGACGAUUCCAGAGUUCCUGAGCACGAGCGGAUCCCUCGGGCAACGAUGGCUAUGUGGAAAUUUCGGAGUGGUGCGAUAGGCUCGUUGGCUCAUAUCAUUGCACUGCAUGGCACAAGGUAUUCAAACGAGAUUGUCGUCACAGCUGAUGGCUACCAACUCCGCCUUGUGGAUUUGUACACCACGCCUACACUAUAUGUCCGAACACCCCUAUCGGAGAAAGAGGAAGUCUUUGCCUACCAAGACGAUGAUCCCUUUUACUCGGAGUUUGCCGCCCUCUUUGACUCGAUUGAAUCCGAACCUCGAGAUGUAGAUGUUGGCAGAACGGCUGGCUCUACAGACCCUGCCGCCACACCAGGACGCAUACUUUCCACCUACGGUGACGCACACAAAACAUACGAGUUCACGUGGAGAAUCAGAGAUGAGAGCGAGCGGCCCAGUGGUUCCCGGUGA